UAAUCAACUCUGAUCUUGUUUAUCUCUGAUCUCUGGUCUGUCUUGCUUGUAUUAUAAUAUCGAUGAUCGAUUCGCAGGAAGAGUCUCAGUCGGUGCCGUAUCUAGAAGCCUUGAAAGAUUUGGAGGAAGCCAGAAAUGGACUGGAAUUGAGGAGAGGUUUGAAAAGGCAAUUAGAAGAAACACAAGCCGAUCUCAUUAAAAUCAACCAGGAAUGUGAGCGCUGGAAAAAUGAGUACAAACUUCUAGUUAAUAUUAAUUCUACGAAUAAUGAUAAGAAUGCUGUGCCUCAUCUUGCUAAUGAUACUGAAAAUUCUUUAGUUACCAACAUGAUUGGAAGUUUGAGUCCAUGUGUAAAUUUCCCUGAAGAAGUUGGCAAAAGAGAAGACUCAAUAAAGGAAUACUUCAGAGACAGAAUCAGUCAGCUGAUUGCUGACAAACAAGAAGCCGAAAGUAGAGCAGCUACUUUCUCCAACGAGUGUUCGUCGUUGGCUCGGAGACUGGAGGCCAGCUUGGAAGCGAUGAGCAAAGCGGAGAGCAGUCUGCAAGAGAUGCGUGACAAGGUGGUGCAUCUGCAGGAGGAGCUAGCUACCACCACAUCCAACUACGAGGCGCAGUUGAGCACCAUGUCCGAUCACCUCGCUACCAUGAACGAAAGGCUUGCCUCGCAGAGGGAGACAAUCGACGAUCUGCAGUUCCAGAUCAGCAACAAGGGAAAUAAGAAAGGAAAAAAGUAGGAGAACUAACUAAAAAGUGGAAGAUCUAACUUUGGAUAUGAAUCCAAACCAUCCUCUAGUAAAUUCGAACAAAAAACCUGAACGUCCAUGCUUCUGAAGUGGAUCUUUAUAAAUCUAUUAUUAUGAAUUUAUUCAAAUCUAUGUUUGACGAUUGUUGAGAGCGUAAUUAACGAUUGUUUUAAUCGUUAUAGAAUAUUAUUUGUAAUAUAUUGUAAAGUAUGAAUUAGUUCUAGUAGCGUUCAAUUCAAUGUACGUACCUGCAACUAAUUUAUUGUACUACUGAGCAGCUUCUUUUACUGGCUCACUCAUUAUUAUGAUCUAUAAUUUACUAAAAAUUGUAUGCGUUUACUUUUUACUGUAUUAUGUAAAUAUAUGUUAACCACAUACCCACUUGUACAUUAAGAUAAAUAAGAAGCUGUUCACUCAGCUUAGCAUUCAUUGACUAUUAUACAAUUCUGUUAGAUAAUACCAGUAAUAUCUUUGCUAGCUAUUCCGAACAUUUCUAGGACUCUAUUACCUCAUUUUAGUUUCUAUUUAUUUUGUUGAUAAAUCACAUAACGAUUUAUUGUUUUUAGAUCUCUUGCAGUGCAAGAUACUUCUCACCCAAUGUUUUAUAUGAAAAUAAUUGUAUAUUUACCUACCUUUUAUUUAUAUCUCUUUUCCUCGUACUAUAUUAUAUUAUUUUAUUUAUCCUAUGAGUCUUUAAUGAAUCACUCUUUCUUGUAGUUUACUAUUCUUGUAGGCUUCUGAUAGAAGCUUUAUGUUUCUCAAUUUUGCUAGCUAUAUGAACUGCUUCUUAAUAUUAAGUCGCCUACAUGAUACGAUUAAAGCAAGAAGUUUAAUAUUGAUUAUUUCACAUUGUCUUUGGAAUCCAUCCAAAGUUAUUAAAGAUGUAUUUUAAUUAUAGUAUAUUAUUUAGAAUGGAUGCUUCUUAAAACAAACAAAGAAUCGUUUUGUAUACAAUGUAGGGAAGAUGUAUUAUAAUUUUCUGUGAUACUAUGAGCAUAAAAAGUUCAAGUAAGAUUCUUUUCAAAAUGCUAAAAUAUUUUAUUUGAAUAGUUUUAACUGAAUAAAGUGUAAUAAUAUAUGAAGAUUUAGAUUGA